UAUUUGGUUCAAUCUUCGCAUUCAUGCUCUGGAACCGAAAAUAGCAGUAAAUUCUCGAUCUUCCCAUCAAUGAUUUUCUCGCCAUCCAAACAGUCGAAUCCCACGAACGAACUUCCCCUCUGUUGCUGCUUGUUCACAGCGGAAAGUGCAAUCUGUUACUCUCCAUUUCUCUUGUGUUUUCUUUUGGUUGAAUCUGUUCCCCGGUUCUGAUUUCGAAUUCCGGUGAAAUUCUCGCGCGAUCACUGAUCGGAUCUCGUUCACUGGCGGAGCAACGCGACCGAUUUCUGGGUUCUAUGCAUGCGGGGAGGACGGUGUAAUUAUCGCCGGCCCGGCUGUCACGACGGCGGAAUCUAUGGUUGGUGGUCAAAUUAGGGGCUCGGAAUUUGUCUCAUAUUGUGGAUGUUCAUCUACUGGUGCUGGAUAAAUGCUCUUAGCUUGGGAUCUAGGGAUUUCAAGCCUAGCCCUUGUCGUUUGUUUGGUCGUACCUCUGAUCGGCUUCGUGGUUGGGCGGCAAUGGCGUCUCGCGGCCCAGAGGAGGGAGGAGAUUCGGAGGCUUCUUAUUCGUGCGUCGGAGGAGGCUGCUAGGGCGGAGCUCGAGGCCUCUCUCGAGUACAGCUCUGUUUCCGUCUCUAAUGGCUACUAUUGUCCCGUUUGCUAUGUCCCCGCGACGACUCGGUGUGCCCGGUGCAAGGCGGUUCGCUACUGUUCUGGAAAAUGUCAGGUUUACCACUGGCGGCAAGGCCACAAAAAUGAAUGCCGUCCUGCUCCCAUCACAUGUAAUACUGGCAAUGAGAAAAGUGAUUCUGGUUUGAAAGUCGCAGAGAAAAAUGAAGUGGCUAUUCUUGACGAAGUUGACUUGCAGUGUGCAGAAUCAGCUGGGGCUGCAAUCAGGGAAUCUGCAGUCUCUAAUGCUACCAGCUCCCUCGAAGAUAAGAUUGGAGGUAUUGCAGAUGUUAAGGAUGACCCUCUUAUAGAUAAGGAAGAAGCUGUUUCUGUUGCUGAAACUUCUGGGUCUUCGUUUUCUGGGUUCUCUUCCUCUCUCAGUAAUGAUUCUUCUGAUGAUGAUAUUUCCAUCUGUGAGAGCUUCAGUAAUUCUGAUUCGGAGAGACCAGAGCCCCCUCUUGAUGCUGAUAUUGGUGUAGAGUCAGUGGAGACCUGUUUCGACACCGAUGAUGCGGUUCCAUCUGAGCCGAUGUCUCCUAAGUUUACUCAUUUGGUUGAGUCAGUUGAUAAUCUUGCGAAUAUGGCUACAUUAAGUCAGAGUAAACUAGGGGGUAAUGUUGAGGAGAACCAGAGCCGAUCCAGUUGCUUGCGCGCUAGUGUUAUGGAUAGGCAUCGAGGAUCCACUGACCAGUCUCCUGCGAUGUCAUCUGGUUUCUGGGGUAGGGCUCUUGGAACAAUAGAAUGUGUAAGUGAUCCUAGUGAUUGUUUUGGAUCGUCCAAAUCUGAUGGAGCUGAUGAAGAGAGCUUAUCUGAUACAUGUUCCUCUAUGCCCUUCUCUAUUAGAACGUUCACAGUAACCUCAACUGAUCCUGACAAUGUUUCUAAGGCGAAGAGUAACAUUUCAGAUGAAAUUUCCCUGACAGCAUUAGAGACUGAUAAAGCUAAUGAUAGAAUUCUAUCAAGAAGCUCCAAAAAAGCUACAAGUGGCUCAAGCCGUGGUUGCUACACUUCUUCCCCCAAAGUUAAAACUUCAUUAUCGACAAUAUCUUCUGCUACUCCAGCAUCUGUUGUCAGAGAAGUUCCUACAUCUGUGUGUCCUUUGGACAACACUGUUUUAUCAUUUGUGGCCCUUGAAAAGUUGAAGAGCGCCGAUAAGGAAAAUGACAGGGCUUCUGAUGCCCGGAAGACUGGGGAAUUUACCCAUUUCGCAUCAAAGAAUGCGGAUACAGGCAAAACUUCUGAUGAUGUGGAACCUUCUCAUCUUACAAAAUCUGGGAGAGUUCCUGAUAUUCAGAAACGGAAUGCUGUGACCUUGCAUGUUACAAAUUCUUUACAUGAAGAAAAUGGCUUCAAGGCAUCUGUAUUGAAAGUUGUAGAUCAGUGGACUACGCCGAAGUCAUCAAAUCAGUAUAAACUAUUAACUGGAAAUGAGAUAACACGAAAACAUAGCCAUAAGGGCCUCUUUCCAUAUGAUUUUUUCAUCAAGCUGUAUAAUUGGAAUAAAUUGGAGUUGCAGCCAUGUGGUCUCAUCAAUUGUGGCAAUAGCUGCUUUGCCAAUGUUGUAUUCCAAUGCUUGAUGUUCACACCUCCUCUGACUGCUUAUUUCCUUCAGGGAAUCCACUCCAAAACAUGUCCAAACAGAGAACAGUGCUUUACUUGUGGGUUUGAGAACCUUGUCUUGAAGGCGAAAGAAGGGAAAUCUCCUUUGUACCCUAGUGGGCUAUUGGCUCAGCUGCAAAAUAUCGGAAUCUGUCUUGGCAACGGCAAAGAAGAAGACGCACAUGAAUUCCUUAGGUAUGUUGUAGACACAAUGCAGUCUGUGUGCCUUAAGGAAUCUAAACAUGCUAUGUUGGAGACUGCAAAACUAGAGGAGACAACCUUAAUAGGUCUGACAUUUGGGGGAUACCUCCGCUCUAAGGUUAAAUGCAUGAAAUGUCAAGGGAAGUCUGAGCGGUGUGAGAAAAUGAUGGAUCUUACAGUUGAGGUUGACGGGGACGUUAGCACUUUGGAUGAUGCUCUGCGACGAUUUACAAGGACUGAGAUUUUGGAUGGAGAAAACAAGUACAAAUGUGGCAGGUGUAAAUCCUAUGAGAGGGCCAAAAAGAAGCUGAAAAUACUCGAGCCUCCCAAUGUCCUUACAAUUGCACUAAAAAGAUUCCAGUCAGGGAAAUUCGGGAAGCUUAAUAAGUUGAUUAGGUUUUCGGAGACAUUAGAUUUGGCUCCAUAUGUGAGCGGAAGAAGCGAUAAGCCACAUGUCUAUAAACUUUAUGGAGUUAUCGUUCACUUGGAUAUCAUGAAUGCUGCAUUUUCUGGCCACUACGUGUGUUAUAUCAAAAACAGUCAAAACAAGUGGUACAAAGCCGAUGAUAGCACGGUAGUAACUUCUGAACUCGAAAGGGUCUUGACAAAAGGAGCGUAUAUGCUGUUCUACGCACGGUGCUCUCCAAGACCUCCAAGCACAGUCUGUACCAAAUCAGUAUCUACCAAUAAAAACCGCAAUAUGCCACUGCCUAAGAUCAUCGGGAAAAGUACUGCUCCUCUACCACGGCCUGCUUCCACUCCGUCCUCUAAAAUCCCCGAGGGUGGAGGAAACAGCAUUCAGUCAUUUUACUCCAAAUUCCACAGACUGCAGAGGAUUUUAGAAGAGGAUUCAUCGAGCGAUAGUUCCUCUCUCUUUGACAGCAACUCGGAUGAAUGCUCUUGUAGCACCGAGAGCACGAGAGAUUCCACUAGCAUUGACGACUUUGCUGAUUUCAUUUUUGGAGAGCGUGGGCUCGGUGACCGUCAUUCCCCUCAUUCCGGGGCAUCCUCAUCUUCCUCAUCCUCUUCCGUUUCAUCCCCUCUGCCCACAAAGCACUCCCCACUAGCUGAGUCAGAACGCUCUUCUUCAGAGCUUCCCGAAACUUCAAGUCAUAGAAAACGUUAGUUUUUUGCAUAGGUAUCGAUCGAAAUCUGAUCAUUGGUAAAAAAACAAUGGAGGUUGAUUUGCUCAUGAGUUCUAAGUUCUAAUGUUCUUGUGUCGUCAUGUGGAUUUGUGGUUUUGAGAAGAAGAGAGCAAAUAUGGGCAAUGAGUAUAUAUAUAUACACACACAGUGGGGGAAAGAGCUUUGCCCUUUGAAAUGUAUGAGGGGAGGUUUCAUUUUUGUUAAUAAUCUCAUUUCAUACCCUUUUUCUUUUA